GAGCGUUACGGUAGGAGCUCCAGCGCCGCGGGAGGCGGGGCUUGGUGCGCGCGCCUCGGCCGCUCUGCGCACGCGCGGACAGCGGCAGCGGCCUGGAGCGGAGGUGGCCUCGUGCGCGGUCGGGGACAUGGCAAAGAGCUUGAGGAGCAAGUGGAGGAGGAAGAUGCGGGCAGAGAAGAGGAAGAAGAACGCACCCAGGGAGCUGGAGAGACUGAAGAAAAUCUUGGGAACCAAUGCGGACGUCGUCAUGGAGGAGGUGAAGGAGGUGGCAACUGUGCUGCCCCCCCAGAAGGCCAUCGAGCAGGCGGAUGACUGCAAAAUGGAUGUAGAUAAUAAGCGAAACAAAAAAACUCUUCUGGACCAGCAUGGACAGUAUCCAAUAUGGAUGAAUUCCAGGCAGAGAAAGAAGCUUAAGGCACAGCGUGUUAAAGGGAAAAAAAAAGCAAAAUUGGCGAAAGGCCUAGCCUGGUAAAAUUGGCAUUUUGUAACAUCAUGAAUAUUUUACUCACAAAAUAAAUAUCCCAAAUAACUACAUUAUAUUUUUGUGCUUGGCUAGAAGUAUAUAUUAUUGUGUUACAUGAACUUUUGAAGAGGCUGUUAUGCCAGCACAUAGAGAAAACAAUAUUGGUGUCUGCGAAACUAAAAUACAAAAAGCAACCUGAGUGCCUUUGAAUAGAAUAAGUGUCUGUGGUUAUCUGUGUUUUGGAGUGGGGAGGGUCUUCAUCUGUUGUAUUGUGAACACUGAAAGUGCUAAAGGAAAUCCUAAAAAUAAUGAAACUGUAAAUUGUUUUUGUACUGUGGUCUUCAUCAAUGUAACUUGUCUUUCAGUAAAUUUAACCAAAGGAUUCUGUAAACUCACCAUAUCCUUUAAAUUCUUUUGUAAAAUUAGUUUUGUGACACCAAUUUGUGUUGCUUUUAACAUUUGGUAAUUAACAAAAAUGGGCUUUUAACAUGUAACUUAAAAGAGAUUGUACACUGAAAUCAACAUUGAGACUGCGUGACACUUCCCUAAGUAAAAAGACUGUCAGUCUAACUUUAGUGCACAGAGAAAGCUGUUAGAACAAAGAAGUGUUUCACUGCUGUCUGCAACUGAAAUAUUGUAGGAACUAAAUAACUGAGAGUAAAACUGGUUCUUUUAUUAUUAAUACGAGAGAAUGCAAAUGCACAGAUUGGAAAUAAAAUAGUUUUAUUUAAGACCUUUUCCAAGUUUCAAUAAAGUAAAUGGGAAUUUACUUUCA